GUGAGUAACCCCGAUACAUUUCGACUUUGCUCUUGACUUGAACCAUUUUUCCGAUACUUUCUUGAUAGGUGAGAUACUUGUGUAGCUUUCCUUCCACCACAUACACAUACACCUUACCUAGUGAGAGAUAUACAUGAUGACCCCACAAGAGCAAGCCGAGAUGAGAGCAUACUUCGCCGAGCUAGAUGCUCGAGAAGCCCAUAUGACACCCAAAGAUAAAGCCGAGUGCCACGCAUACUUCAAACACCUUGAGAGCAAGAGUGACAUACCCCAUGAGUCGAGUGAGGAUGUUUUGAUUUCUAACAACUUAACCUCUACUCCUCUUGUGUUGUCUUCCUCUUUGCUAGGUUGCUCGGACAUCGACGACGCCAUUGCCAUGGAGAUGAGGGACUCCACUAUAUGUGAGAUGAGUGCAUCCACUAUAUGUGAGAUUGAGAGCCACCACUUGGAGGACAUGAGUGAUACACCGAGUGAGAUGAGAGUGGUAGUUGAUAGGUCAUUUGAGGCCAUUUUCAAUUCUAACAUCUUACCCUCUACCUCUAGUGUGUUUCCUUGUGUCUCAUUAGGUUCCAUGGAUGACGAGACGCCGAUCAUGGAGAAGAUGUACAUGGUGCAUGAAGAUGAUGAUAUCACACCAUGCUUGUUGCUUGAAGAUGAACAUGGAGGCCACAUCGAGCCUACCACUUCCACAACACCUACCUCAUAUGAGCGGGACUACAAAGGUACCUAUAUGGGUGUUGAUGAUGCCAUGAUCCCACUAGUGGACAUGAUGACUUAUGAGUGCAUGCAUGAUCUUGAGGAUACAAUUGCUAUGCCACAUGCUUUGUUCAUUCCCCCAUAUUGGCUGAUUGAUGCGCAGUGGGGGCGAGCGGCGCUGGACACGAGCGUGAGCGGCGACUUGCACGGAGGUAGUUGGGCGGCAGCGCUGUGUGCUGCUUGGUGCUUGCGCGCGCGGGUGGAGGCGGGGCGCAGCGUGGUGGAGGCGGAAUCAAGUGGGGUCGCGCGCAGCGUGGUGCUGCAGGAGGCAAGCGAGCUGGGGCCUGCCGUGGAUGCUGAGGGCGAGCUGCGCUGCGGAAUGGAGGCAGGCGGUAGCGUCGAGCGUGCUGCAGGUGGUCGCGGUCGAGAGGAGCAGCGCAACGGCCAGAGGCGCAGGGGAUGUGCGGGUCGCGCGCGUGGAUGA